AUGCCUUUUAACAAAGAAGGCACUAAAAGUUCUUCAUUAAAAAUGUCUUCAAAAGAGAAAGAUUUAGAAAAUGAAUAUCAUAACGUAGAAGCUAUUUUUAACAAUAACGACAACGUUGUUGAACUAGCUGCAGAUUUAAUUAAUGUGACUGCCGACUUUCCAGAUUCUGAUAGCAUAGAAAAUAAAGAUGACAUGGAUCCCGGCAAUCCUUUAGUUUCUAUCAACAAUAUCUCUGAGAAUUAUAAAUCAAAUAUAACUGAUAAUAAAAUCACUAAAACAAAACUGCUUGACUUAGAUGUUGGUAGUCUAAAAAAUGAAAGACCAAAUGCUUCUGAAAUGGAGGAAGCAGUUUGUAGGGGUCCAGAAAAGAUCUUAUCUCAAUUUCCAAAAGAUGUGAACGGACAUUCAAUUCCUGUUUGUAUACUACAUACAAGUAUGAAAAAUGGAGAAUAUGUUCCCCGUGAUUGGCUUGUUUGGAGCAAAGUUAAACAAUCGAUAUUUUGUUUUCCUUGUCGCAUUUUUAGCAAACUACCAACAGCAAGUCGCUCACGUUUAACAACUAUAUCUGAGUAUUGUUUUCAAAGAAAAUGGAAAAAAUUACAUGACAAAAUUCCAGAGCAUCAAAACAGCAGCAACCAUAAAUAUUGUUAUAUUAAAUGGCGGCUAUUGGAAAAAAGUAUUAAUUCCACUGUCGAUAUUAUGCUGCUGCAGACCAUUAAGAAUCAAUCACAGUGGAAACAGGUACGCCGAAUUUUAGAUGUGACAUUGUUUUAG